CCAUGUGAUGCGCGUCCUCUCCUCCAGCUUUCGGUGACCCCCGAACCGCCCACCGCGCCGGCCGCCGGGAGGGGGCUGCGGGCUGGGAAGACGCAGAGAAGAGGAGGCGGAAAAGGACGCAAAGUUCUCUGGCGAGUGCAGCUGCCUGCUUCAGGAAGGGAGGUCUGCGGGAACAAGGAGAAUCUUCAGGGACAGCCUCGCAUUGUGACAUGCCUGAUCCCUCACUUCAGGCCCUGCAGCAUGAACAAGGUGGACACUCACUGACCUGUCACAAGGCUGCCCCACAGAGCUUUGGGGUCCAUGUCUGAAUGGAUUGCUGUAGCCUUCUCAUCUCUCCCUUCGCCCAGUUCCCUGCAUCCUAAGACUCGAAGCCAGCACAGGACCUGGAAAGAUUACAUGGUCUGAACGGCAUGUCUGUGGAUGAGAAGCCUGACUCCCCCAUGUAUGUGUAUGAGUCCACAGUCCACUGCACCAACAUCCUCCUGGGCCUCAAUGACCAGCGGAAAAAGGAUAUUCUCUGUGACGUGACUCUGAUUGUGGAGAGGAAGGAGUUCCGGGCCCACCGGGCUGUGCUGGCUGCAUGCAGUGAAUACUUCUGGCAGGCGCUGGUCGGACAGACGAAAAAUGACUUGGUGGUCAGCUUGCCGGAGGAGGUCACGGCCAGGGGCUUCGGGCCGCUGUUGCAGUUCGCCUACACCGCCAAGCUGUUGCUCAGCAGGGAAAACAUCCGCGAGGUCAUCCGCUGCGCCGAGUUCCUGCGCAUGCACAACCUGGAGGACUCCUGCUUCAGCUUCCUGCAGACCCAGCUGCUGAACAGCGAGGAUGGCCUGUUCGUGUGCCGCAAGGACACGGCCUGCCCGCGCCCCCACGAGGACCAUGAGAACUCGGCGGGGGAGGAGGAGGAGGAGGAAGAGGAGGAGACGAUGGAGUCGGAGACGGCCAAGAUGGCCUGCCCCAGGGACCAGCCGCUCCCACACCCCGGCAGCUUCGAGCCCACGGCCAUCCCGGGAGCCCAGAAGGAAGAGGCUUUGCUGGCGCCCGAGGCCGACGGGCCCACGGACACCAAGGAGAGCUCCGAGAAGGACGCGUUGACGCAGUACCCGCGAUACAAGAAGUACCAGCUCGCAUGUACCAAGAAUGUCUACAAUGCAUCCUCACACAGUACCUCAGGUUUCGCAAGCACAUUCGGUGAGGACAGCUCUGGCCACAGCCUCAAGCCCGGGCUCGCCAUGGGGCAGAUCAAAAGCGAGCCGCCCAGUGAGGAGAACGAGGAGGAGAGCAUCACGCUCUGCCUGUCCGGGGACGAGCCUGACGCCAAGGACCGAGCGGGGGAUGUGGAAAUGGACCGGAAGCAGCCCAGCCCCGCGCCCGCCCCUGCGCCCCCCUCGGGGGCCGCCUGCCUGGAGAGGUCCAGGACCCUGGCCUCCCCCUCCUGCCUGAGGUCUCUGUUCAGCGUAACAAAAAGUGCGGAGCUGUCUGGCCUGCCCGGCACAUCUCAGCAGCACUUUGCCAGGAGUUCCGCGUGCCCUUUCGACAAGGGCAUCACUCAGGGUGACCUUAAAACUGACUACGCCCCCUUCGCGGGGAAUUAUGGACAGGCCCACGGGGGCCAGAAGGAUGCGUCCAGCCUCCCGAUGGGGUCGCCCCUCAAGGGCCCUGGGGUGGAGGCUCUCUGUAAGCAGGAAGGAGAGCUGGACCGGAGAAGUGUCAUCUUCUCCUCGAGCGCUUGUGACCAAGUGAGCACUUCGGUGCAUUCGUAUUCUGGGGUAAGCAGUCUGGACAAAGACCUCUCUGAGCCGGUGCCAAAGGGUCUGUGGGUGGGGGCUGGCCAGUCCCUCCCCAGCUCGCAGGCCUACCCCCACGGUGGGCUGAUGGCCGACCACUUGCCAGGAAGGAUGCGGCCCAACACUAGCUGCCCGGUGCCAAUCAAGGUCUGCCCUCGCUCGCCCCCCUUGGAGACCAGGACCAGGACUUCCAGUUCGUGCUCCUCCUAUUCCUACGCGGAGGACGGGAGCGGGGGCUCGCCCUGCAGCCUCCCUCUCUGUGAGUUCUCCUCCUCACCCUGUUCCCAGGGAGCCAGAUUCCUUGCCACAGAACAUCAGGAACCAGGCCUGAUGGGAGAUGGAAUGUACAACCAAGUCCGACCCCAAAUUAAAUGUGAGCAGUCUUACGGAACCAACUCCAGUGACGAAUCCGGAUCGUUCUCGGAAGCAGACAGUGAGUCGUGUCCUGUGCAGGACAGGGGCCAGGAGGUCAAACUUCCCUUUCCUGUAGAUCAAAUCACAGAUCUUCCGAGGAACGACUUCCAGAUGAUGAUUAAGAUGCACAAGCUGACCUCAGAACAGUUAGAGUUCAUUCACGACGUCCGGCGGCGCAGCAAGAACCGCAUCGCGGCCCAGCGCUGCCGCAAGAGGAAACUGGACUGCAUUCAGAAUUUAGAAUGUGAAAUCCGCAAAUUGGUGUGCGAGAAGGAGAAGCUGCUGUCCGAGAGGAACCAGCUGAAAGCGUGCAUGGGGGAGCUGCUGGACAACUUCUCCUGCCUCUCCCAGGAAGUCUGCCGCGACAUCCAGAGCCCCGAGCAGGUCCAGGCCCUGCAUCGGUACUGCCCUGUCCUCAGACCCAUGGGUCUCCCUCCAGCCUCCAGUAUUAGCCCCGCGCCCUUGGGCGUGGAGCAGAACCUUGCCGCCCCUCCGUGCGCGGUUGGGGACACCGUGCCCUGCUGUUUGGAGCAGGGUGCCGCGCCGCCCGGGCCCCCCUGGGCCCCCAGCAACGCCUCCGAGAACUGUACUUCUGCGCGGAGGCUGGAAGGCACUGACCCAGGAACCUUCGCGGAGAGAGGGCCUCCUCUUGAACCCAGGAGCCAAACGGUGACCGUGGACUUCUGCCAGGAAAUGACUGAUAAGUGUACCACGGACGAGCAGCCCAGGAAGGAUUACACCUAGUGACGCGGCCCGCCUCCGCGUCCUCACACCUCCCCACCAGGUGGCGCUGUCCAGCUGUCGUCUGGAAGAACCGAGAAGGAAUUUGGUGCACACUACAGCGGUCUCAGCAGCAAUACUGUUUCCAAGUAUUCCCUCCUCUCUCCACGCAGGAGUGAUCGUUACCUUCACAAUGGUGCUACCCCUUGCUCCGGCAAGGAAAGACAACAGUGGUGACACUGUCUGUCUGUGGGUUAAUUUCAAUCUUAACAGGGAUAGACUAUAACACCUCUAGGACCCAACCACGGAUUUUUUUCUCAGUGGCCCAUGUCACAAACCCUAUCUCAGGAAUUUCUUCUGAAUGUUCAAUUUUUUUCAUUGAAGACAGCUUCUAUACACAUCAAAGUUUUAUAGCUAGACUGUACAUAUUAUAUAUAAUAUAUAUAUGAAGUAUAUAUCUCUCCAUAUGCAAAAGUCCUGCAUGCCUCAAUUUUCUCAUCCUAAAACUGGAAACUUCAUUUCUCAUUGACAGACAGGUUCCAACAUUCCUCUUCUUUUGUCUCUGAUGCUAGAACUAGUUUGGCAACUGUUAACAUGGUUUUUUCUUUUUUUUCUCUCUUGCUUCACGGUUCAACUUCGAUUUUGUACUUAUUUAUGGACAGAAUUCGAUGUUGGAAGUUUUCAUUUUAAGGUUUUUGUUUCAGACAGCCUUUUCUGUUUGGUUUGGGUUUGGCACCGUCAGGUGGUGUCAUCUGAGUUGGUGGGUUUGUUGUUUGUUUCUGCAGACACUGUACAGUCAUGGUCAACUUUGCCACUUGCACUGAGUUUUGGGUCAAACCUAUUUUCUUAAAUGAAGUUGUAACUUCCGUAUAACUCGAGUAUACUGUAUAUUCUUUGCUUUUAGUUUAAAAGUAAAACAUUUUAGCUCAUUAAAAAACCACUCAGGUGAUAAUUAUGUAGGGAAAAAAAACAAUCUUGCCAAAUAAUGAAUUCAUCCUAGGAUGUGUCGACAAUAAUCUGCUUGAAUAUUUUUCUAUCUCACCUCCUCCCCACCUUUCCUAAGCAAAGUCGAAAUGCAGAUGGAGAGUUCGGAGUUGAUGCUGGAUGUUCAGAUUCCUAAGUGGGGAGAGAGUUUGGGCAUCUCACUCGAAAGUGCAUCGAAAUAGUAGGCGUUGGCUCCUAGAAAUAAGUCAGACCUGCUUUCUCACCCGGGGAGUAAGUCCCAUUCAUUUCAGCACUUCAUCCGGCCUCGCCUGCCCUGGGAGUGUAGUGCGGCAGGACCUGCUACUUGGAAGGACUCGGCUGAGCAGGACUGGCCUCCUGGGAGAGCUCACCCGAGGGGGUGACCUGCAGCCCCAAGGCCCUGCCUCUGCGCGGCUGUCCUGGGUCAGUGCAGCUCACCCAGAGUCGGAGAGAGCAGGUCAGACAGCCUCAGGUCUGUCCCGGACACAGGCGAGAGCAUUUCUUCCUUCCUUCCUUCUCCAAAUGCUUCGAGUUGAACUCUGAGGUUUUCCACCAGUCUCUUGUCCCCAGGCAGAUUUCAUUCUGAGUCUUUGGACGUGGUGUGGCCAGGAGCCCGCCCUGACCCUGCCCCCACCACACACACACCUGCCCUCACCUGAUGAUCAUUUUCUUCUCUUGCUGCAAAACUGGUUGGCUUGCAACCCACAGAGAGCAGCUUCCCUUGGCUCUGGGGGGUUGGGGGGGUGUGGGCCCCUGGCCACGUUUACAGGAGAGUGUGCUGAGACCCCACACCAGCCGCAGAGGAGGAGGAAUCAGCUCCCUCUCUCCAGCGGGCCCCAGCCUGGCCAGGGGAAGAGUCCCUAAGGGUUUGAUGUGGGGAUGGGGUGGUGGGCACUGGGGACUAGAUGGUUGACUUUGUUUCUUUAUUUGUGCCAUUGUUUGGACAAUAUUAAAGCUGCAUGUAAAAGGGGGAAUUAGUAUAUGAUGUAGGCGAAAGUGAAAUCAUAGUAACAUGUUUUAGUAGUAUUAACUUUUUUCUGUACAAAUAUUAGCGCUAAACGUUGGAAUAUGUAUGAAUGCCAGAAAUAUGUUGGUUCAUGCUGUAGGAUUAAAACACACAAAAAAGGCUUUUCUUUUAAACUAGCUCCACUUUUAAAACCUGCCUCUGGGUUUUCGUUUCCUCUCGUGUGUGUGUGUGUGUGUGUGUGUGUGUGGUGUGCGCAUGCUUGUCUCAUCGAGCUCUGUACCAGAGCUGCCCCUGUCAUCGCGGGUGUUGGUAUUUCUCCGCCUAGUAGACAGGUCUUGCGCUUCACCAAGAGGUCUGCCCGCCUUUGUGGAAAGCUGGUGACAGUUCGAAUUUACAGUCAAUGUGAAUCGUGUGAUCCAUCCCAAGUCUGUGUUACAGUGGAGUCAGCCAACAGUAUUUUGUUCUUGAACUCUCUUGUUUCCUUUUUUAAGUGGCCUCCUCUUUUCCAAAAAAGGAGUGUUUUCUGCUCAGAUCAUAACCAGGUCCAAACACCUUGUUGGCAUCAUUUAUCCUGGUAACAGCUCACGUGCAACUGGUAGUCUUGACCGCAUUCCGUCCAUCCUCUCCCCGUGGGUCGGUCUGCACACACCUGUGCCGUGGCCGCUCCCAGUGGGAAGGGCUCUCUUUCUUUCUCUCCACCCUAACUCGAUCCACCUCCUCUUCUUACCAGCCCCCACCUCACUUUUAUUCCUCUCUCCAACCAAACCCUUGCUGUAGGAACUGGUUAAAAACACUGCUUGAAAAACGAUCUUUCGAUUUCUUUUUAACAACUUGUUCCGAUUUUGUUCACCGUCCACCAUGAACAGCGACUAACUUUGUGCAAUGCAACAUGUCCAUGUCUGUUACUGCUCUAAAACAUGUGUUUGUCAAGAUUAUUUCCUGGUUCAUUCAAAGGGAGGACUAGCUGGGGACCAGAAUCCAAAUUGCCUCAAGUGGAAUUUUUAAAACCAGCCUGUUCUUUCCCCUGGGAUCCCUUAGUGAAGCCUGUGUCUCGUAGGAAAAGGAAAAGCAAGUUAACCGUAAGGAACAGUGUUCUUUAGGGUCUUUCUUACCAAAAUAAAGGACCCUCCCACCGUGGACUGUUUCGUAGGAUCCCUACGCCAGCCCAGGAGGGGCUGGGCUCUGAGUGUCUGGGCCUGGGAUGGGUCAGGGCAGGGACCGUGGAGGUGACGAGCUAAGGGCCGCCUGAAUCUCGCCCUCCCCUUUGUUCUAUGUGUGUCUCCAGGCAGCCUCACUUCCUUCAGGUUGGCCAGGCUUCGGGCAGGCGAGUGCUUUGCUGUAUGUGUUUGUUUCUCUGCGUUAUCUGGGGGUGCCUUGAAUAAAUGAACUUUAUUACAUACUGAUUCUGGAACAAAACAGUUGCAAAAAAUAAAAAAAUUAAAAGGCUGGCAGUUCCUAGGCCCUCCUGCUUCUCCCUCUGGGUUCCCUGGCCGUGACUCCGGCCUCAGAGGUGAGCUGCAGCAGACGGUGUGGUUUUGUAUAGUGUACAAGUAAUUUAUUAACUGUCUUUCUGAAGGUAUGCUGCUUUGAAGAUGCACUAUGAUUUUGGAAUUAAUCCUCGUCUUGCUUUCCCAAGGAACUUUAAAAAAAGGCUGUUGAUUAGCGGGCCAACUGCCGCUUCUUGAAAAGGAGGGCAGGGAGCCGCGUGAGGGCCUGCAUGGGAGGACGGCUCAAGGUCGGGUGGGCGGUGUGACGUUCAGUGCUAUUGCCAAGAGGUCCACACCUACACUUUCUCCUUUAAUACUUUAUGAUGGCCAUUCAAGAAGAAGAAACAAACAAAAGUGUAAAAACGAUAAGCCGUUUAAGAAACCACCAAGUCCUGCCCUGUGAGCUGAUCCACUGUGGAGCAGCAUAAUCCUCUGAACAUGAGCAGAAGCCUGCCAGGCUCUCUCAAAGCCCUUCUUGGCUCCCUAGGUCUAUCCAUCACACCCCAUUUAAACUGGGAGCUGCAUAGGAAAGGACUUCAAACGGCUCCACUAUCGCUUAGUGUGGAGGAGUCAGAUCUAGAAGGAAGCAAGAAUCAAGUUUUUUCCUCAUCACUGUAAAUAGACUAAAGAACAUAGUGUGUGUGUGUGUUUUUAAAGAAUAAAGCUGUUCACUGGAUCAUGAGUUAGUGUUUCUUGCCCAAAUUGAGGAUUUUGUUGUAGGUUCAGUUUCUGGCAGGUCAGUCCACAGCGCAGGGCCCUGGGUGGCCGUGGGGAGGCAUUCUGUGUUAAAGCUGUGUGUUUCUAACACUGCCCAAGCCAUCUCAUGACCCAAGCAUCAAAGACGGAUGCUGCAGAAUAGAAAAUAUUUGCACACAAAUAUGUGCAAAUAGUAUUUGUACAUAGAAAAUAACUAUUGUGGCAGAUUAAGGAUAAAUUAUUCAACUGACGGUGCAAAAACAUUUCUUGCAAAGAAAAGUUAAAUGUAUAGUAUUUUCCUACACUCCACCCUGGGAGGUAAUAUUUAUAUCAAAUGGCUAUCAGUGUGUUUUCAUUGUAAUAUGGAGAUGAUUUCAUGGCGUGGCGUGGUGUGCGCAUUUCAGUAUCAAGCAAUGGACAGACAGCUCUGACUCUCACAUUCAUUCCAGGUUAUUGACCUCAGAGGAAACCAUGGCUCCUUAGAAGCAGAAGUGCACCCAGACCAUUCAUUUCAGGUGGACUGGCAUUCAGUGCCAAAUGCUCCCGUGUAUCAGGAAAGGGGAAAGGGCUUGGACACAGUGGGGUUUUCCUACAGACUGAUGCUUAGUCUUCUACCGAAACAUGUCUGGAGGCAGAGGGGUGACCUCCGCUCGAGUCCCCACAGUGCACUUUGCAUGUGUGAAUGCUGGGGUGCCCAUGCACACUGGGACGUAGAAGACCUGCCACUUCUAGCGAGUAAUCAGGAAGAUUCCAGAUGCACUUGGGAGCUUUGGGUGCUGGUUAGACACCGUGAGCCAUUCCGGGCAAGCACCCACCUUUGCUUGGGAGGCCAAGAGGGCCUGUGAGAAUUUGUUCCAGAACCAGUCGGAUGCAAGUGCACCUCUAAUACAUGCCUUACAAACUCCAGAGGCCAUAUUCAAAACAGGGUCUUCUCAGUGUAUGCAAGGGGCCGCAGCCCCGCCUCUCCUCCUCCCCAGGUCGAACAAUACGGACAGUUUUCACACAUAUCUACCUGUAUAACCCUCUGUACCUCUCAUAACUGGUCAACGACUGUAACAGGUUACAUCAGGUGUUUUUCUACAUACUUUUUACACAGAUUCUAUGCGAUUAAUGUAACUUAAUUCAGUGCAUCAGUUUAUUAUACUAGUUCUUAGGCUUGUCUUUUACUUUCUAAGUGAUUGUGGUUUUUCUUGUGGUUUUUAUUGUAAAGAUGAAAACGGCUGUUGAUGCUUAUUCUCUGUAACUAAGAAUUUUUACCUUUUUUGGGGGGGAAAGCGUUGCUAUGAACUAAUGAAUUGAAACUUCAUUUACUCAUUGUAAAUACACUAUUGUGCAAAAAAAAAAAUUUCACUCAAUUGAAUUGCUAGUGUUAACUAAAUUUUGUCUAGACACCAUUUCUGUUGAUGAAAUAAAGACAUAUCAUUAUGCAUUGUAAA